AUGUUUCUUUCUUUGAUCAGUGUAUUUUGUAUUUUAUUCAAAAUCGGAGAAGCCAACGUGAGAUACUCAGAUCCUCUUCCACGGCCACAAGAAUUGAAAUGGGGAUCGUCUGGACCCAUUGAAAUUGAUUUCCCUCUCGCAGUGGAGAUCAAUCCUCCUUCUGGAUUGGUCGAAAAUGCCUUUAACAGGUUGGUUCAUUCGAUAACACAGUUGAAAUGGCAGAACCCAAUGGACCAGGAUGUUCAUCAAACACAAGGACAGAUUGCAGGCGAACUGUCAAAUAGAAUUUCUCGUGUCCAGAUUCGGUUGACAAAUACCAGUGAGACAUUGCAAAUGGGAGCAGACGAGUCGUAUGAAAUGACGCUUUCAGGAAAUGCUUCCGUUAUCAAAAUAUCCGCUUCGGUCUGGGGCUGUCUACACGCAUUUUCCACUCUCCGCCAGAUGGUGCAAUACGAUGAGAGCUCAUCAAAAUACUUCUUUGAAGCAGACGCAUAUGUGCGGGACUGGCCAUUGUACGCUCAUCGAGGAAUCAUGAUCGACAGUGCCAGAAACUUCUUGACGCCUGAGGUUAUUCUCGACCAGAUCGAUAUAAUGGAGCUCAGCAAGAUGAAUGUGCUACAUUGGCAUUUGGUGGACUCGCAAUCGUGGCCAAUUGCACUCUCAACGUAUCCGGAAAUGACUAAAGGAGCCUAUUCGUCUCGAGAAGUUUACACGAAGGAGGAUAUUGAGUAUAUUGUCGCCUAUGCGUUCCAAAGAGGGGUGCGUAUAAUUCCCGAAAUCGAUAUGCCUGGUCAUGCUAGAGCAGGCUACUACUCGCUCAACAAAUCAUUACUAGCGUGUGCAGACAUGUGGAAAACAGACCAUAGCUGCGCAUAUGCGGUCGAACCACCCUCUGGACAGUUGGAGAUUUUGCUCAACGAAACUUACAAGGUAGUGAGCAAUAUCUAUACAGAAGUAAGUGGCUUUUUCAAAGACAACUGGUUCCACGUGGGAGCAGAUGAGCUCCAGGAAAAAUGUUACGACAAUUCUACGUUGACAAAAGAGUGGUUUUCGGACAACGGUACCAGAACAUUUCAUGAUUUGGUCCAGCAUUGGGUGGACCACGCAUUGCCUAUUUUUGAAUCGUUUCCCAACAGAAAAGUAAUCAUGUGGGAAGAUAUAAUGAUGUCCAGUGGCAAGGCAAACCACGUUCCCAAAAGCGUGAUCAUGCAAUGCUGGGCAAGCAGCACGGACUGUGCUCGAAAUCUAACAGACCAGGGGUAUUCUGUCAUCAUGAGCAAUAGCGAUUUCUUGUAUCUUGACUGCGGAUACGGCGGCUGGCUUACGAAUGAUGACAGGUAUACAGAAACUCCAGAAAACUACAGAUUCAACCAUGGCAAAGGAGGUUCCUGGUGUGGGCCGUAUAAGACAUGGCAACGGAUAUACAACUUCAACAUUACUGCCAACCUUACGCUCGAGCAACUGGAAAAAGUACUUGGUGCUGAAGCAGCAAUGUGGGGAGAACAAACGGACUCUACGGUCUUGAUUUCAAAAAUAUGGCCGCGUACAGCAGCCUUGGCCGAAAGUUUAUGGAGCGGAAAUUCGGAUCCAGAAACAGGCUUACUUAGAACCGGGGACAUGACGCAAAGAAUUCUUGUAUUCCGCGAGUUCUUGGUGGCUUUGGGAUACCCAGCAUCGCCUUUAGCGCCCAAGUUCUGUUUACAGAACCCACGAGGCUGUGACAUUUGUACUUCUACGCCAUGA